GGUAAAAAUGAGUGCGAACGCUACGAACGAAUCCUAGCGAGACAUUAACCACAGUUCAAUGGUUUUAAUUCCUGAGACUGAGGUACCACUAUAAAUAUAUUAACUGGUAAGUUUAGUGGCUAAUAGUUCUGCGCCAUGACUGACUACUCAGGACACGGGCUUCCCUUUCUACCAGGGAACACUUUCAGGGAUAUCACGAAGUCGGCGCAACACAGGUCCCAGACUUUGACUUACAAGAAUGGCUAUAUAUUACCAAAACGCCCCAUUGUAGGAAUUGGGCAGGCAGAUCUCUUUUCAGACCAUCUUAACCAGAGCAAGGUCAACCAACUGGUUAUCCAGAAUCUUGCACAAACCCAUGAACAAUUACCAGCUGGCCCUUCUACAGAAUUCAUUCCUGCACAUGUCUUCUUUGACAAGAAGGUGCUUCGUUUCUUUGGAUACUUUAAGCAGGUGAUACUCCUGUCACCUCAGGAGCAGUACAGAGUGCGCCCUGUAAUCAUCAGCUACUUCCUGGAGGAUGACAGCUUCUGUGUGAUUGAGCCAGAGGUGGAGAACUCUGGGAUGCCACAGGGAAAGCUGAUCAAAAGACAGCGUCUGCCGAAAAACAAACAGGGAGACUUUUACCACUGGAAAGACCUGAAUGUGGGAAUUGACAUUUGUGUUUUCGGAGUCGCCUAUCGCAUAACCAGCUGUGAUCAAUGCACAAAGGCAUUUUUGGAGAGUGAAGGGAUAUUACUGAAUGAGCCUGAAGAGAUCCCCACUGACCCCUACACCCAGCGGAGGACACAGCCCCAGCAGGCCUUCGUCACUCCCUCCGAUUUCGACUGCCUCAAGCAGUUCCUUUUCAUGGACCGCAAGGUGCUGCGUUUCUUUGCCCUGUGGGAACACUCAGACUCCGUCCAUAUGGAGACCCGCCCUGUCACAAUUCACUAUUACCUGGGAGAUAAUUCGGUGGAGAUCCGAGAGACGCAUGAGCACAACAGCGGGCGGGACCCAUAUCCUGUGCUGCUGAGGAGGCAGAAGGUGCCAAAGGAUGUAAAGCCCAAAACGGAGCCAUUCCCCAGCUGUGUCCUGGAGGUAUCACCCCAGGAAGUGCAGGACUAUUUCUCCCCAAAAGACUUCUGUGUGGGUGAAUCCGUUAAUAUCGUGGGAAGAGACUUCCUGCUGUACGACUGUGAUGAGUUCACCUUGAACUACUACAAGGAGAAUUUUCGCGAUAUGGCCCUGAAGCCCAUCCAGGUCAAAGCCAAGCCAAGCCCAGACAUUAAGAGGGAGAUCCCUCCAUACAAUGGCUUUGGUUCUCUGCAAGACUCCCUUCAAAACUGCAAGUCUCUUAUCCCUGAGCCACCCAAGAAGGACCUCUUAAAGAUGCUGGAGAAGGACGGCAAAGUGCUCAGAUACACAGCCAGACUGGACUCCCUAAAUCCUGAUGACAAUGGCCGCCGCUUCAUCCUGUCCUACUUCUUGUCCAAUGACACAAUCAGCAUCUUUGAGACAAACAUGCGAAAUUCUGGGAUCAUAGGAGGGAAGUUUCUAGAGAAGACCCAGGUCCACAAACCAGGCAGCACUCCAGAAAACCCCCAGUACUACAGCCCAGCGGACUUUGCCAUUGGGACCACUGUGGAAGUGUUUGGACGCCGUUUUGUCCUGUUGGAUGCUGAUCUCUAUGUGCUGAAUUACCUUGAGAGCAUUGCUGAUCAGAUCCCAUCUGAAACCAUCAACUCCCUGCGCCAGCGCCUGUAUCCAGACCCUAAUAAGACCCAAACAACAGAUGAAACACUGGAAACCAACGAAAAUACUUUGUGAUGAGAGUUGCACCUGGCUGUGAUCUCCCUGCCUGCCCACCAUGAUCAUUUACAACCACUUAAAUCGUUUGCCACUUCUGCAAUACAGCUGUGCAGAAACCAAGGGAUUUAAAUGGUCAUUUUUUAGUUUAAAUAAAUGCUAUAUUAAGAGGUGAAAAGUUCAGCUUUCUGUUGCUCUUUUAACAGACUACUGCUGAACAACACAAAUGUCCGGAGGGAUGUUUAGAUAUGUAGAAAUUGAGUAAUUGAGUAGAAUCUAUGAUCCAUCAUCUGAAAAAUGAGAUCCAAAUGCAUUUGUGACUUAAGACAAUCACUUGUCCAACUCAAUGACAAAUGAUUAUUAAAUACAUUUAAGUGUUUAAAACUAAUCUCAGGAGAAAAUGACAAUGCAAAACAAUCAGAUUAACCAAACACCCUGGUUAAAUUAAGUGCUGUGCAGUUUGUCCUUAGUCUCACAGUUUUACAACAUGUCUCAGACUCACAUUUCACUGAUCUGAACUCACACUGUUCAAUAAAAAACUU